CCUUUCUCGCCGCUCUCGAGAAUUCUCGCACAUCUGGAAAGCCGACUGUGCAAGGGUAGCUGCCAGGGCGCAUAUCAAAUAUCCUAUCAGUUUCAAAGCAUGUUCUGCAAACCAUUUUACUCGUUCGAUUCCUUAAGGUGACACUACUUGCGACGAAAUCUUUGACCUGGAAGCUUCGUUGGCGCAAAUAGGGCAUGCUGGAGCGUACGGCAGGAUGUCUAGAAUCAGGCAGUCUCCGGCGCCUGCUACCAGCAUCCAAGAAGGCGAUGAAGAGUCGCCGAACACUCCACUCCUCUUUUUGGACUCACGGUGCUAGCGAUCUGGAGACGUCUUCAUUGUGGACUGCUUUAGUCCAGAUAGCAGCUCCUGCCGAGCAGCUUGGAGGACGAGAUGUGCAACAACAACAACGACCAGCUGCAUUGGGAAAUGCAGGCUUGCUUCUGGACUUUCUAUACCCGGCUGGAACAUUGAAUUUAUUGCGGCAGUACUCGGGAUGGGGGCUCGACAGAACAGGUGGUAGACUUGCCAGGAAUGGGCUGGAGAAGUUCGGCCACCGCCGAUUUACGUCCUCCGCACAGGAUACGACCACGACUUCGAAUUCGCAUUCUUCAUCUCGGAAAGCGGUGGCAGUAGAGGAUGAGACAGGUGCCGAAAAUAGAAGCAUGGCUCUGCUCUAUGAGAAGCUUGGGCUGACCAGAAACUACGAUUUCGAAGAAGCUUGGCGGCAGUACUCUUUGCUAGAAGACGAAGAGCAGCAAAACCUCCUUCGAAUGCCUCUCAUGCGCUAUCUUUCAAUCUCAGAACGACUUGUUGAUGCUGAAAGAACAAUACAGCUAUUUGGAGUCUUGGAAGAGGAGCAAAAGACACCUGUAAUAUAUCGGCAUACUAUCAGAGCGUACCUCAAGAUGCGCAACCUUGCAGAUGCGAUGAGAUUGUAUGCCAUGGCUCUCAAUGAGGAAUCGCCGGCAGGAGCCGAAGAAUUGUUGGCAUAUUUGAUCAAGAACUCAUCAUGGGGCCGGGCAUUCUCUGUAUGGAACGAGUUCAACAAUUUCAGAGCUCAGACACCGGGUCUGAGUUACAACAUAUUUGAAGUCCUCGACACGGAUCCCACUAUCGGAAGUCAGGCCAUUGAGUUGGCAGGAUAUGUGAACAGAAAACUUGAUAACCAAUCCCCUGAUUCUGCGUCGGACGUACCCCCAGAGCUUUUGAACUUUGCCUCACGGAUUGUCCGACGAGCUUUACUGAGCACUCAAGCUUUCAAUUCUGCAAGGUUCACUAGUCUUUUGACGAUUCUGGAGGACUGGAAGUUGAUUAGUCCCGCGCUUUAUGAGCAAGUAAACUUCAUGCUCUUACGUCUGAAUGAGACAAAACUGGCAAUCAAGUGCUAUCGUAGGAUACGACACUCUAAGGAAUUCCGAUUCACACGUCCAACACUUCACUCGCUCUUGAAGAUUUGCUGUGACUAUCACAGCGUUCUUGGCAUGCAACAAAUCCUGGACGACUUCUUUCGAAUCUACUCGAGGCCAACGCGGACAGCUUAUAGGAUGUGUAUGAGCGAAUUUGCUGCUCAAGGCGAUGCUGAAACGGUCCACGCUCUUUUUGAUCAAUUACUCGAACGAGACGACCAACAGAGAUUGACCAGCGUUAGCGAGAUCACACCAGUACUACACGUACAUGCAAAAAGAGGCGAGGUUCGAGAGGUCGUCACAUAUUUCGACCAAAUCCAAGACAUUUACCGCUUGCAGCCAAACCUACUUUGCUGGAACAUUCUUAUAAACGCAUAUGGCAAAGUUCAUGACGUAGAUCGUGCUUAUGAUUGUUUCGAGCAGCUCAUUAGCGACGGAAAUCUUCAGCCCGAUCACUACACCUUCGGCACUAUGAUGGGUAUUUGUACCACUCGUGGUGAUAUUGAUCGUGUCAUUGGCCUUUACAUGUUCGCUCAGGAGCAGAAGAUUGAGAUCAGCGCUGCCAUGCUUGAUUGUUUGGUCUUGGCCCAUGUGCAGGCGAGGAACCUUCAGAAAGCUGAAGCCAUUUGCGAAGACGCUCUUAAAAUGGAUAUCAAAGGUUCUCGGACUCGAAUGUGGAAUUACCUUCUCACGGGACAUGCGUUGAAUCGUAAUCUCGUUGAUGUCAAUCGCCUACUUCAACGUAUGUCAGAGGCAGAUAUAGAAUACGAUACAUACACAUAUUCGGCAUUAAUGCAGUCAUUAGUAAUGGUCAAGCAACCAGACAGAGCGUUUGCGGUCAUGACUGAUGUAAUGCCGCCGGCAGGAGUCCAGGCAACAGAUUUUCACUACGCCAUCAUCAUGGGAGGCUACCUUGCCAAUGGAGAGAUUGACAAGGUCUUCAAGCUUCAAAGACGAAUGGAAAAGCGUAAUGUCAGAACCUCAGCCAGCACGAAACUCUUGACUUUGAAAGCCACCGUCGCUGAUGACGAAAAAUUGCUAGAGGACGGCAGUAGUGAAGAAAAAUUGAACCGCGCUUUGGAGAUGUUUCAAGAGAUUGUGACUUCUAUGGACCCGCAGGAUAUCGCCAGCCCAGCCAGGAAAGGUAUCAACCGACUGCCUGCAGACAUCGCGUACUCGACCAUGUUCAACCGAUAUAUGAUUUUCAUCCUCGGCCGUUACGCGGAGUUUUCAACGGCGGACAGCAUCUAUGAAGCCUAUCUGAGAUUUCUCCCUGCAUCGCGAAAGAAUCAGGUCCCUCUUGAUAUGUUGCGGACUAUCAUGGAGAUCAAGUCGCGAGAAGGGGACCACGAGACAGUCCGCCAGUGCUGGGAAGCUUCCCUUGCGCAAGCCAAGCGACUUGGUAAGCCAAUCGAGGCUGAGUUUGGAAAACUGCCCGAAGAUCAUCUCAUUCAGAACGAAAGGCAUGCUAUUGACCCAGCUCGGCAAAUGGAUCUAGCAAGACAUCUGGGCCUAUAUAUGCAAUCACUCCAUACCCAGCGAAUGACCGAUAAGAUGAUUGCAACCGUAAAUGGCCUUCUGAACGACGGAUUCGCGCUCGACAAUCACAACUGGAACUCUUACAUUGAGUUCUUGACCAAAAGAAACAAAUACCAGCUCGCUUUCCGACUUUGUGAAACCUAUCUCAUGGACCAGUGGACCGGCUGGGCUCGCAUUCGAUGGACACUUCCAGAGCGCAACCGACUCCCGACAGACCUUCGGGCAAAGAGGAAAGACCCUCUGCACUUACGACCUAAGUAUCUCACUAUUUUGCAUCUGGCAAGGGGAUACCUGGAACUUCAGUCGAUGGCAGCAGAGUCAGUACACAGCGGAACUCUUCUCACCGAGCUGGAGCGGGAUUGUCCUAGGGUCGUGAGAGCCAUUACGACGAUGCAGCGCGUUGAUGAUUAUCUCGAACGAACUGUACUUAGAGGAUAUUGAGUGUACUUUUGGAUGAUGAAAUGUUUAGACUGUACUAUAUUGUAUCUCAUAUCCUUAGAUGUUCUCUAGAGUGGGAACUGAAUUACCUUUCUCUUCGGAUCUCCACCUGUAAUGUCCUUUUCCCUUUUCACAAUCCUGGUUCCAUCUUAAAACCAAAUAUUAUUUACAAUAAUACACAUAUCUCGCCCUUUUCACUCCAAAAGCAGAAGUGGGCAGUUUGCGUUGCACAUCCCCGCAACAAAACCUCGCUUGAUCGCUGACAUUUCUUUCCUUCCUUCGUUCCAAAAUUAACACUGCACCACUCCACCACUCAUCCCUCAAUCCCGCUCUCAUCCAUCCUCAUACUCGAGAUCCCCAACUGCGCCACACUCCCCAUCGCCCACAUCGCCGCGCUCCUCGCAUCCUUCGCAUACGUCAAAUGAUCUUUUAGUACCGCCUCUCCACCCUUACAUAUGAUAUCGGCAGCAUGGCAAAACGUCCUUAUCCUCGCGCUCUCCACGCCUUGAAUUGUAGUCCCGUUCUUCGGGUCGCCAAAGAGAAUUAUGGAUGCUAUCUUUGAGGCAGUAUCAGAAGGGAGCAUCGACGUUGCGAGGUGGACGAGUUGUGCGCCUUGGGAGUAUCCUGAGAGGAGCAGAGGGGUGCUGGGACAGGUGACAAGGGUGCUGUUUAUCAAACUUGCCCUAGACAAUUAGGGUAAUGUCAGGUAUGCUUUAUGGGAAGUAAAUUACGUGAAGGAAGGAGAGAAACACCAACAUCAUUGUAGCCCCUUUGACUGAUCCACCGGCAAGGAAACCAGCUGCUUGUGCUUCGUAGUUCACACCCUGGAUAGCCAGUUGAUUUGUGCCGUUCAUAUACUCUGCGAUAGCUGCAAAGAAGGGUGGACCAGCUAGGAUACCAACAUUGCC